AUGAGAUCCAUACCAGGGGCAAGUGCAGAACCAAUCACCUAUGACAAAGCCUGCCACUCCUGCUGGGAAUUAUGGGGGUGUCAGUUGGCACCUUGACCCCUGAACACAACAGCCUGUUUAGCUGACCAUCUCAUCAGCAAGCUCCCUUGCAUGUCCUAGGCAGCCAGCAACACCUCCCUGAGCCCAGGGAUCUCAGGGUGUCCAUUUCCUGCUGCGAUGCUGCUGCUGCUGGCUUCCAUCCUGCUCCCAUAUCCAGCCUACAUUAUCUUUCAUAUGUUCAUCUCCUCCAGUAACCUGGGCAGCUGGGCCCAGGGUUACAUCAUCUGUGGUAUUCUCACAGACUCUGUCUUCACUACCUACACCAAUACCACCUUGUCCUUCAUGGCCACUGUGCUGCACAGCUACCUAACAGUCGCUCGUCCUCUGCACUACCUCUCCUUCAUAUCCUGUGAAGCUAUCCAGAAUGUGCUGAGACUAGGCAUCAAGUUGAGCCAUGGCCCCCUAGUCACUGUCACACACAUCUUGUGCAUUUGCUUUCUAUGCACAGCUAUCACCUACUGUUUCUGCAUGAUCUAUGCAGGGGUCAGGAUUUCAGGUUUCUGUUCAGGCUAUUCCCAGGAAAGCAGCACUCUGCUUAUCCCAGUGCUAAUCACACUGUAUGUGAGCUCAGUGGUGGCAUUUUCCCUGGAUAUUGUGCUGACCAAGGAGCACCACAUUGAUGCCAGGACUGACAUAUGGCUCACAGCAGCCAGCAGUGUGGUGCUCUUGGCUUCAUGGCUGCUGGGGAUAGUCUGGGGCCACUUCUCAUCCAGGAGGCACAGUGACAUUUUCACCAUUUUUCAGAUCUAG